CCAGGGGCCCCCGGCCCAGCAGAUCUCUGGUGAGCAGCCCCCAGCCUGGCCUAGGGCAUGCCCCAGUUCACUUUCGCCUGCUUCUGUGGCCUCCACGGCUUCUGCAAGAUGAAGAGGAAAAAGGAGGAAGUUCACAGAGAACGGGAAACAGCAGUGUGAGCAGAUCCAGGGUCCUCCUCCAGCCCCUAGCAGGCUCCAGGCCCAUGGGGACCCUCUUCUGGCUCAACUUUGGUGCAGGGUCUCAAGUCAGCUCUCAGCUCAGCCUGACUCCUUCUGACUGAGGGCACCAGCCUCCUAUGUGCCUCAGGCUCCUAGCUGGCCCCAGAGCUUCCAAUCCUGAGACCUCCCAGGAGAGAGGCCCCAGCCACACCUGGGGAGCACAGGACCUGCUCUUUGCCUUCCAGAAACUGAGAAGCCCCAGGGAGGCCCCGGGAAUGAAGCUUCUCUCCUGUCCUGAGGGAUGUCCUGCAUUGGGCCAGGAGAGCUGUUGCUAAAUAGGAGGCUGUUGCCCGACCAGAGGAUUUCCCAGCCCUGCCAAGGGCUCUGGCAGGCCAGGCAGACGCAAGUGUACAGGAUGGCAUCUCCUUGGGACCCCAGGACCUGAGGCAGGAGCCUCCAUAGUGUCCUGCUGUAAAGCCAGGCCUGAGGGGGCAGCCUGGCUGUGAAUAAGCUGGUUGAGUCAGGACACAGAGGAGGCAGACAGGCUAGCCGCUGUUCCUAGCAAGAGGCGGACUCAUGUCUCCUAACCUGCUCCCCGAUACCAGACAGCAGCCCGCCUGAUGGCUCCCAGCUGCUCUCGCCUAUUCAGUCCACCAUGCCAGCAGCACAGACAUGGGGAGGCCAGUUCCCCAGACUCCAGCUCCCCUCCUCAGGGACUGUCUUCCAGAACCACUGAGGGACAUUUUCCUGGCUUAGGCCUUGCCUUCCCUCUGUUCUCCUGUCUCCUUGCCUCAUACACCUGCCUCUUCCUUCUCAGAAACCAUAGAGGGAAAAGUGCUUGCAUGUGGUGCCUUUAGGGGAA